AUGCUUAACACGUUUUCGGUGCUAUCACCGCACCUUAAGUUUAAGUACAAGUUCAUCACAAUCGACAAUUUGGCGUUCAAGUUCCACUACCGGGCUACGUUCAUUAUGCUGCUUGUGUGCACGCUGCUAGUCACCUCCAGACAGUACAUCGGUGAGCACAUCCGGUGCAUCACGGGAGGUUCCAUCCCGGAACAUGUCAUCAACACGUUCUGCUUCUUCACGACCACGUUCACCGUCGUGCGGCACUACAACGAAUCGAUGCUCCAGGAAGGAGUACUUCCACAUCCGGGUGUUGGACCGAUGUACACGGAGGACCCCAUCAAACGGCACGCCUACUACCAGUGGGUUCCGUUCAUCCUCUUCAUACAGGCACUAACAUUCUACGGGCCACACUUGCUGUGGCGCGUGAACGAAGGUGGCAGGCUGAAGAACCUCGUCGACGGAUUGCAUAUGGCGAAGCUUAGCGAACACUACACGGCUACUGCUAACCUCACAAUCGGGCCCAAAUACACCCUGCUGUCACGGGACAACGUUGACGCCCGAUUGCGGACGGUAAAGCGCGAAUUCUUCAACCACUUCAUGGUACAGCGACAUUGGGCGACGUACCACAUCUUCUGUGAGGUGCUGAACCUGCUCAACUGCGUCCUGCAGAUCGUCUUCACCAACAUCUUUCUCGGGCGGCAAUUUUGGGAUCUUGGACCGAGGUUCCUGCGGGAGGACUUCACUGGUCAGAUGGACGCGCUCGACACCAUCUUUCCGAAGGUGACCAAGUGUCACUUUUACAAGUACGGUCCAACCGGCACGAUCCAGAAGCACGACGCCCUCUGCAUUAUGGCGCUGAACGUGAUCAACGAGAAGAUCUUCACCUUUCUCUGGUUCUGGUACGUGGUGUUGCUGGCGAUCUCCGUCCUGGCGCUGCUAUGGCGCGUUCUCACGUUGAUCCUGCACAAUAGGUCGUUCAAGUUUACGGGAGCAAUCCUAUCCUUAGCCAGCCCCGGUCGGCUCAACCCGCAGGACAUCGAGAUCAUCACGAAACGGUUGCGGUUCACCGAGUGGCUCUUUCUGUACUAUCUCGCGAAAAACAUGGACGCGCACCUGUUCCGCAAAGUGCUGCGGGAAAUUACGGACGAAUUAGGGCAUCCUGAAGAAAUGAUCCUGGACCCGUCCAUCGAUACGGUCGAUGGCCAUCGGUAUGAUGAAGACGAUAGUCGAGACACGUUGGAGCUAAAACCCAUGCCCCAGUUCGAGUACAAGCCAGUCCACAAGAAGGUCUAGAGUCUAGACCUACACCGGUGGAGC